AUGCUUCACGAAGCCGCAGUCAUCAUCGCUGGGUGCAUCAUCUUCGCGUACAGUAUAGAAUUCUUCUUCACAAAGCUUGACGACCCACGAGAGCCACGCCGCGUGACACCCGAUAUACCUGUCAUCGGCCAUCUUUUGGGAGCCUUAUACCACGGGUUUGAUUAUCUUAACCUGGCAGGCAAAAAUGUGAAUGCAGAGAUUUAUACAGUCGGCAUCUUAAACUUUAAGGUAUACAUUACUCACGCUCCGCGGCUCCUGAAUGUCAUGCAGAAGUCGAAAACCUUGUCGGUAGGGCCCAUUCUUCAAAGUGCGAACAGUAUACACUCCGGUGCAAGUACCGAAGGCAAUGCACUUUUUGAUGGAGAGGUGCUGGAGGGUUUUCGCGACCGCACUAGAGAAGCACUUGCUCCAGGUCUCCACCUCGAUGAGCAAAAUCUUAGGAUGGGCACACAGUCAAUCAAUGAAGUUACAAAGAUUGUGGAACUACAAGACGAAAUCGAAUUGCUCGACUGGGUGAAGCAUGUUAUCUUACAAGGCACCAGCGCAGGAUUCUAUGGCAUGCAGCAUCCGUUCAGAGACCCUGAAAUGGAGACUGCUAUGUGGGAUUGGGACAGACAUAGACCCGGUAUCCACAUAAAGGUAGAUCCUUUACGCAAGGGUUACAAUGCUCGUGCCAAGGUAGUAGACGCCCUCGGGAAGUAUUUCGAGAAUCUGCCCGAGGACGUAUCGUAUCUGGUGAGAGAGCGCCAGAAGGUCCUUCGAGAAGGGGGUAUCAGUGAGGAGGAUGGCCUGAAAAUGCAGGCCUUUCUUAACGAUGGCAAUUUCAAUAUCGUUCCCACGCUAUACUGGACCAUCUACGAGAUCUUUUCUCGUCCUGACCUUCUAGAAGCAAUCAGACAAGAAGUUGCUGAUCACGCCCUACAGAAGUCUAAUGAUGGGUUUAUUCUGGACAUCUCAGCUGUCAAAACUAAGUGUCACCUCUUGCUAUCGGCGUACCAAGAGACCCAACGCACGCGUCACAUGUUGUCCACGUCACGCAUGGUUUUAGAAGAUACCCUCCUAGAUGGCCAAUACCUCCUCAAGAAGGGCAAUUUGCUCUACCUUCCCGCCAAGCCUAUCCACCACAACACUCAGAUAUGGGGCCCCCAAGCCAGCGUGUUUGACCCGUACCGUUUUGUGCCUGGCGCAACCGAGACAAAGAUUCUGCCGAGCAAUUUUCUACCAUGGGGGUCAGCCCCUCACAUUUGUCCCACUCGUCAAUUCAUCUCGACAGGCAUCCUAGUUCUUAUGGCCAUAAUGGUGUCAAGAGUCAAUCUCACGUCAGCGAAUGGCAGAGACUGGAAGGAUGAGCCGGUGGUGCGGUGGCUGGAAAUAGCCACAUUACCCACCGCGAGUGAGAAGGUGUACCUGAAAGUCAGCCCACGAAAUCAGGGACUUGGGAAGUGGAGAGUUGUGACUGGUACAAGCAAGACAGCAGUGCCUCUCGUAUCGGGAUGA